GCUAGCAUGAAAUCGGACAGCAUUUGCAAGCUACCACUGCGAUGAUUUCAAAUCAGUUUCUUUUUAUUCUUUUAAAAUUCCGUUUUCGAUAGUUAAAGUGGUUUUUCACACAUUGGGUUCCCCUUCAUUGUGUUUUUUUCUGUUUAUUUUUUUUUAUUGCUGUUUUCGGUUAAUUUGCUGCCGCUAACGCAACAUACACACUAAUUUUUGUUCUUCAAAAAGUCCAACUAUAAAAUAUCCGAAAUAAAUUAGAAAAAGAAUCCGAUCGGAGUGGCCCGUAAUACAAAGCGUACCAUAUUCAAUUUCGCUGUUUAUUCCACACAAUUGCAAAUAAUAUCUACAUUCAAUCAACUGAUUCGUAUGGCUUUUUAAAACAUCAGCAAUUAAGUCGCAUCAUCACCAGAAUAAUAACCGACAUUGCUGCCAUAUAUUUUCUGCGUAUGCCGUUCGUUUGCUUCGUUCUAUGGAUCGCCGCAGCAGAAUAACUAAGCAAAGAAAAAUAAGAGACAGAAAACACGCAACUCGUUAAAAUAAAGAGAAAACGAAGAGUUUAAAACUCGUGUCGAGCACGUGAAUUCAGUUAUUCAAUUAAAAAAACGCCACAUUUUUGCACUCAUCAUAUACUCAAUUGAACGGGUUAAAUUGAACGAAAUUCAUCGAUUGUUUGAAGAAUAUAUACAUUGAUUUGCAGGCGAAAAAAAAGAAACAAUUCAACAAUAACGAACUGAAUUUAUGGAAUAAAGUCUCUGAUCAUAAACCAGAACGAAAUUAUAUAAAAUAGUCGAAGGAAAAAAAAAUGUUUGUUCUAAGCGAAAAGAAAAAAUAAUCUAAACUAAACCAAAAAGAAGAAGAAAAAUAAACAACGUCAUCCAGUUUGUUCAGUUUAUACGCAACAUUGAGCACACUCGAUCAUUUUUGUUUUGUUCGCAGAUUACAUAGUUACUUAAUCAGUAAACGCACACGGCUGAAUCAACGCAAACUACGAACCAACGAACACACUCAGCUCUCUGUCGAACCGAUCGAACACAUGGUUUCAAUUACAAACAUAAAAGCACAAGCGUUGUCAUUUGAUAUUUGUAUGUUGGUCGCGCAACAAAAUACAAUCACACAUAUAUGCAAAGUGAGGGAAUAGAAAGCAUCGACGCGCUCGAACACCGAGAGAGUGAAAGAGUACAAAGUUUAAAUCAUUCACGAAUACGCUUGAAACGGUAGCACAUUUAGCAGCUGUGCAAUCCGCGUAUUGCCAAUAAAUAGCUCAUAUUUAGCAAAAGGAGACGCGACAAACACGUUUUAAUUGGUGAUAAAAUAUCACAGCGUUCACAUCGCUUAGUGUGCAUCGAACAUCUCUCGCAUAUCUCUAACUUCACUCUGGCACGGUUAUCGAAUCUUCUUUUUUUCAAAUCAAGUGAACUUUUCCGUCAUCGUCGACAACUGCGGCCAUCGAAACAACAUACUCGUCGUCGUUUUUCUUGUCGGGGUCGUCUCAUUUGCGCGAUCUAUUUUCAAUUCGUGACCAGAAAAGCAAAACGAAAUUCUACAAUUCGAGUGGCCAUCAAUAAUCAGUGAUCAGUGAACAGUUUAGUUUAAUUUUAAAUAAAAUAUUUUGUUUUGUCUCUAGUUCUCGGUUCAUUUUAUAAUCAUUUGAAUUUUAAGUUACACACACACACAUUGUAUAAUGAACUCACGAUAAAUCGGAGCAUCGGUUAAACAGUUCCUAAUUUAAUAUUUAUGUUAUGAAUCUAGUGCUUUGUUGUAAUCAAUUGACAAAAAAUAAAGUAACGAGAAUAAUUAAGGAAAAGCCGUUGUUGCUUUAGUCGUUAACAUUAAAGUGCUCUGAGAUUGAGAUAAUCACACUGCUAAAGGUCAUUACAAUAUUUCGUAAUUGAAUCCUUCAUAUUAUUCCGGUGUAUACUGUGAUAAUCAUAUCACAAUUCGAAUCGUUUAGAAGAAAUAAUUUCAGCAUUGCAUAAGCAAAUCGUACCGGAUUUCAUUAUGCAGAAACCAACCAGAAAAGUUGCCCCAGAUGGAGGAUGGGGUUGGGUAGCAUGCUUCGGUGUCAGCCUUGUUAAUUUGGCAACACGAGCAAUCGAACCAUCGUUUGGUUUGCUGUUUGGUGACUUACUGCUUCAAUUGGAAGUUAAAACGCUUGGUGCAGCUAUAAUUAUGAGCACUUAUGAUGUAAUGAUGAACUUUUCGGGUUUAUUUGUUGGGCCAUUAUUGAAGGAGUUUUCAUAUCGAAAAGUUGCCAUCGCUGGAUCUCUAUUGUGUUCACUUGGUUUGGCGCUUACAUCACCCGCUUCAAGUAUGGCACACAUAUUAAUGACAUACAGUGUCAUCAACGGAAUUGGCGUUGGAUUGGCAACAUCAGCUGCAUUCGUUGCGCUUAAUCAUUAUUUUAAAAAUAAACGUGGUCAAGCGGUUGGUUUAUCGAUGGCUGGCACGGCAUUGGGGAUGCUAAUUUUACCGCAGUUAGUUCGCAUUUUAUUGGACGCAUUUGAAUUUAGCGGUGCUAUACUUGUAUUGGCUGGCUUAGCAUUGCAUGCUGCCUUCGGUUCGACACUGUUGCAACCCAUCAAAUGGCAUUUGAAAGAUGAAGUUAUUGAUGUUGAAAUGGCACCACAAACCGAACACAUGGAAACGGUGAAAGAAGAUGAAGAUGAAUUACCCGAAAUGAAAACACUUUUAUUUCCGCCAGUUAAUACAAACGGACGUCAAAUGCGUAAAAAUUUCUCCGAAGUUGCCAUUAGUUCAAUGAAUAAUGGAAUGGCAAAACGUCCAACGUUUCCGCGCAUCAUGUCGAAUGGAUCGAAUAUGGCAGGCAAUGGUGUUCUUUCGAACGGCGACAUAAGCACAUCGAUUCGCCGGAGAAAAGCAUCGGUUAUGUCACAAUUAUCGACGCUAGAUUUUAUGGGCAGCAAUUUACUGGUACACGUUAAUACCGGAGACGAAGAAGCUGAAGAAGAAGAUCGUGCCAUUCAAAUUCGACGUGUUAAUACCGCACUUGGAAUGUCAGCGCAUCAUGAACAAAAUUCAUUCACAAAAUUUCGACCAUCGUCACUCGAUGGUUUUAAGCCACAAUUGGAUAUUGGUGGCAUUGACAUUACGCCGACAGCCAAAAAAGGAUUCUUUCGACGUUUCAUUGAACUUAUGGACGUUUCACUUUUAAAAGAUCCAGGAUAUUUGAACAUUUUAUUUGGUUUAUCGAUUUUUUACGUUGCUGAAAUGAACUUUAAAAUGGUGACACCGUUCUUUUUUGCAAAUUUGGGAUAUUCAAAAACAGAUGUAGCAAAAUGCUUAUCCGUAACUGCCAUUAGUGAUAUUGCGGCUCGAAUCGUAUUGCCACCUAUUUGUGAUCGUUUUGAUGUGAAAAAACGAAGCAUUUUCUUCGUAUCCAUUUUAUUCGUUGGAAUUACACGUUCAAUCAUGGCUGAACAAACCGAUUUCAACAUGCUGAUGAUGUGGCUUUUCAUUUGCGGUUUCUUUAGAGGAAUGGCAUUGAGUAAUUUCACAUUGUGUGUAUCAGAAUAUUGUUCAUUGGAGCAGCUUCCCGCUGCAUUUGGCUGGCAUAUGAUUGGCAAAGGUCUUUUCGUUACGGCAUUUGGCCCGUUGAUUGGUUUAAUUCGCGAUGCCACAGAUAGCUAUCCAAUUUGCAUUCACGCGCAAUCGUUUUGCAUUUUCUUGUGUUGUCUCGCCUGGUCAAUUGAGUAUAUCUUAAGUUAUAUUCGUAAGCACAAAGAUGAUGAUAGCGAGCCAAAAACCACCGAAACAAUGACCGCAACAACAAAUUCAACAGUCACAACGCCGGGCAACACAAAAUAGGUCACUAGUUUUACAUAAGUACAUAUAUAGCCACUAGGAAAAUGAUGUGUUAUUUAAAAUACAAUUGUAUUGACAUUUAAUGUUUAGAGAUUUUUAACAUUGUUGGCGCGUUUUGCACAUAGACCAUAAUUGAAUUAGCAUGAAUACGAUAUUCAGAACGGACGAGUCCGGAUAACACGUCAAAUGAUGUGUAAAAUAAGCACAUUAUAGACACAAUGUCAACUACAUUAGGCUACUUUGCGACGUAGAUCAAUGACCUCAAUACAUUUUUUCAAACAAAUGGAAUGCCUUGUUCACGUCGAAUUCCAAUUCAAAUGUUUUACGUCAAACAUUCAGUGAAUUAUUGUUUUACAUACAAUGACAUUUACUUUAAUAGAUUUUUUUUCGAGUUUUUUUUUUUU